AUGAGUAAUGUGGCUGUUUUAAAAUGUGUUGCAGGAAACUUUGGAGGCGGUGGCGGCAACGGUGGCGGCAACGGCUACAAUGACUUUGGCAGCUACAACAACCAGGCUUCCAACUAUGGCCCCAUGAAGGGUAACAACUUCGGUGGCAGCGGCGGUGGCGGCAGUGGUGGAAGUGGCGGUAGCGGCGGUGGCAGGAACAGCGGCCCAUAUGGUGGUAGGUGGCACAUGGCAAUGUCUAUCAACUGGUUGCUUAGCGUUGGCUGAGCUGUUAACACGUGUUGGUUUGGCACUGAGUCUGAGAAUCUAGAUUAGUAUGUGAUUGUAAUGCUUAGUAUGUCAAGAAUGAUUUAACUGUAUAUUAACGCCUCCAUUUGUACUUUUUACGAGUUGACUGGGAGGAUCUUUCUGGUUGAUCAUUCAACCUUUGACGGUUCAUGUUUUUCGCUGUUCCGUUCAGGUGGUUAUGGAGGUAGCUCAGGUGGGGGUGGCGGCGGUGGAUAUGGCGGGGGCUCCGGUGGACGACGAUUCUAA